AUGAGAGGCAUGGUCAACAAGCUGGCCGAGAACUACACUGUCAUCCUUAUGCCCAGCGCUGUGGAUGAAGCUCCGCUCGGCCUUGGCGAUAAGGGAAGCCCGACUUUCAACACUCUGUGGACUGGGUUCUAUAUGCCUGUCAUCAAUAUUCCUACAUUUGUCGGGGCGAAUGACAUGCCCGUCGGCAUAUGCCUCGUGGGCCCCAGGUUCCGCGAUCAGCAGCUCUUGAGGACGAGCAAGGUCCUCGGCGAGGUGCUUCUGUUCCACGGCGGCUGGAAGGUACCGAUCUGA